UCUAUCUAUCUGUCUAUCUAUCUAUCUAUCUAUCUACAUCCACAAAGACAAUAUCAGAAGAAUAAAUUAUGGCACCACUUUGAUUUAUUCCAACCAGGGUGGAUUGACAGGGUAGUCAACAAGCCUUACGGCAUUCAAAGUGGACCCUAAUUACGCAUGUCAGGUCCAGUUUUACGUCUUUUCUCAGGAAAGCCUGGAGUUUGAUAUGAACUCUGCCCACUGUCCUCACUCUCUUUAAAGGCCACUUGUUAUCAUCAUAUCCCUUUCGUUUCCACGUAACGUUUUUUAUUUAUUAUUAUUAUUAUUGUUGUCCGACUCCAGUGCGCAGCUCUGUCCUUUUGAACACAGUGUUUCUGAGUCCCCUGCGGGUCACACCAGUGGAACAUCUGUCCUUUAGAUUUCCAUAUCAUCACGUUUACCAGCAGUACCCCACGUUCAUAAAGGUUACCUUGAAUAUAUAGGCCAGCAUUUAGCUCGGAUGCACUAGUAUGCCUAAUGUGUCCAUCAAGGUUUGACUGUGCUUGUGCAGCUUACUCAUUUUUUUUUCUGCAGGCCAGUGAUGCAUAGCUUGUGUGCAAAACCUUGUGGGUUGUCGAAGUUAUCGAGUGGGAUUUGCGGCGCUCUCUGCAGGAACCUCCGGCUGCUAGAGUUCAAAGCCACAUGCACAGACGUGCCAUGCGAACCAUUAAAAUAUCUGCUCGGCUACUAGGUUAGUUUCUACAAGGCACCCUCCAAGUCAGUCUUGGGAGACCAAGGAAAGAGGGCAAGUUUUGUUGUUCUCAACUUAACAAGUUAGACCUCCAACUUGAGCCGACGUUUUAGGUAGCCCACUACUCUGCUAUGCAAAAAUCGGAGGGAUCUUUCAACAGGUGGAAAACGGUAAGAAUGGCACAUCAAGACGAAAGGUCGUAUACACAGACUUGCAACAAGUGAGGCUAAAUGGGAAAAUUUUAUGUCAAGAAAAGAGUUGAAAGAAUUAUACAUGACUUUGCAUCUGUAUCUAAAGUUUCUAUGCCAGCUGUGUCUCCAAAUGGUUCUAACAUAUUUAACGUUUAUGCGUAAAAGAUAAGGUCCUAAUUAAAAGGCCAAUAACCGUUUAGCGUGAUGAGUGCUGGAGUCAUACUUCAGAGUGGAAAACGGCUACCAGGAGCUAUUUGGGAUUUACAGUGAAAAGACACUGAGCCAAAACAGCAAAAGCAGCGUUUUAUGAGACCUCUCUGCAAUAUUCAGCUUUUUUGUUGCUGUUGUUGUUGUUGUUUGGGAUCUUAUACAACUCCCUGCUUACUUGUCUCCAAGACUGACUGCAUGCACAGCUUGGACCAGAAAUAGCACUUCAAAGUUUAGCAUUACGCUGGGGCUGUGAUGCCUCUGAAGGCUACAGCUGUGAGCCUCAUGAGCCCCAUGCGCAAAGGCCAUUUAAUAAACAUCUUUUUGGAUCCGUCAUGUCUCAAAAUAUUGACUCAGUUUCUAACGUGCUGGAUAUGACGCUGUCAGCAACGAGUUUGACAAGUCAAUCCAGAGAAAUAACCUAGAAGAGUAUAGUAUUUUUUUAUUAUUAUUAUUAUUUUUGUCAUGUAAAAAUAUCAGCCAGGUGAGAGUGAGUGUCCUGUUAUUCAUCGUAUUCAAUUACUUCAGUUCAUAAAUGAAAACGACACUGUUAGUCAUCCUAAAAAAACGAGUUCAAACUAUGUGCAGACAGUUGGUUUUCUUAUUAACAAAAAUAAAUAAACAAAUAAAUAAUAAAUAAAAUAAGUGUGAGGAGGUUAACGUACUGACGAGCGCCUGUGACAAUAAAUUUGGGCUGCAGUCUUCCAGCCCUGACAGACUUAUGAUCAGUUAAAUAACACUUCGUAACACACUUCAUAUUCGACUUCAAAACCAUCAGUACCUCGAGUGACCGUCUUUAAGGUCUUUUCACAGUCUAAUUUAUUUGUUUAUUUUUAAAUACAACUACAGAGAUUAAGCCUUCAGUCCAAACACGCCACCACAUCCUGCAACAUGAAUCUGAAGCGUUCGGCAGCACAGAUUUGGUUGCAACACACAAGAUGUAACUCAAAUAAACUUCAAAAUAUGUCAGUGAAAUCUGUUAAUUCUAAAAGUUUUGCUGUGACAAGACAAGAAAUAAAAAAUCCAAAAUUCCCAGUUGUGACAUUCACGCAAGUUGGUUCAGAUUUCUGCCAUUCGUGUUCGUGAGAGACGGGAAAAGUCCACCAUGCUGGAUACUGUAAUCCGUGUGCAGUCACAUGCAAACAUUACUCCACAUUUUAAUGACUACACUGGAUUUUUAAAAUAGCCCUAAUGGUUUAAAAAAAUAAUAAAUAAAAAAAUAGUCAAUGGAAGUAAUAAUCAGUAGGAUUAGUAUAUAGUUUAUACGGCAUGUUGUUAUGAUCCAUAACUAAUAUCUUUAUUUUAAGCAUUCAAGCAAAAAUGCAGAAAAUAAUCACAAAGAUAAAGCAUCACACUACAUUGCAGUAACCGAUACUUACAGUACACACACGCGUUUUAUUUUGAACUUAAGUCUGCAACGGCACCACCUCCUGUGACCCUCAUCUGCUGCCGUCCUGGGUCUAAAGCAAAAUUACCCCGGAUCAUAACAACAGGUCCCGUCCAUUACAAUUUUUUUCUUCGGGACAAUGGCCGCAGCUCGCCCUGUUCACACUUCCCACACACUCGGAUCCCAGCACGCAGAGCACGGAGUCAACAGCGUAGUGCGCGCUGAAGGGCAAACGACUGGAUAUGUAAAUAUGCGUAUUUAUCAGCGCGCACAUUAAUACACUCCGGACUAUUUUAAACUCCCACGUGGAGAUUUCCCUCGGUUAAGCUGGCAAGUUUUCUUACGCCGACGCCGAUCUUUUACGUGCGUAAAGUUGUGCGUAAAGUUGUCUUUCAUACGUUGCAGGGGGAAAAUGAAGAUAUCACUGCAUUAUUUAUGAUCCUUACAACUUUUAUAGAGACAAUAUGCAUACUCUUGCGAGGCAGUCUGCUUUGUAAUUGCAUAAUCAAAGCGGGGAAAGUGCUGUUUCAUAGCCGCGCUGCCUUUGUUUGCUGCGACAAAAGAAAGGCGACUGAGUAUGUGGAUCAACUUUUUAGCAGUUUUAUUCUACAAUAAUCUUUGCAUAACAACUAUUUUUCUCAAGCGUUGCCCGAGGCUCUGCGCAUGCGCGCUGGCUGCUUGCUGUCACUAAGACAUUUUUCUUCACGUUGGAAACUGUCACUGGUGACGUCAAUCACCGAGCUCUGACCAAUUAGAGCGCAGGGUGAUUGUUUAGCUCCACGGGCUGCAGCGCCUACCAUGAAUCUCUAUUCAGUAUCAAAGCGUCCUGCUGCUGCCUCUCAAGCGAAUGGGAUUCCAUGUAGUCUGCAGAUAGACUUAACUUUAUAAAGUCUUUUUUUUUUUCUUUAUUUUUCAUUGCGAUUAAAAUAUAUUUGUCAUCAUCAUUAUUAUUUUGCCUGCUGUCAAGUUAUUCUAAAAUUAGGAAGUAAUGAGCGUGGAUGCAUUGGGAAGCCCCGUGAUGGACCCUACGUUUUCCAAACGGAACACGGCGCUGAGAUUAGUUGACUUGGCAGGGGCUCACCACCAUCACCAUCAUCACCACCAUACCCCUCAGAGCGUGACAGGCUUCCCGGGGUUCAGCAGCCAUCCACACUCAAUGGCUCACUCGCACCCUGGGGAGAUUACUGCGGAACCCCGCCUGGGGCCGAGUCCAUUCGGGCCAGAACACAUGGGGCACUCCGCGGCCCUCAAAAUCAGCCCAGCCCAUCAUUAUCCCCACCACCAUCACCACCACCACAAUCAUCAUAUGGCAGGCCACAGUGAAGUGGUCUCCAGUCAAACGGGAGCUUUUGGCCCGGUUCAGGCGACAUCGGUCCCCUAUUCUAUGUCUCACACGGCCCAGGCUUUAUCCGCAGGUAGGGAUUUCCUCAUCCGGAGAGAUCUGACAGCUCAAGCCAUGCCAGUGCUGACUGACCAGACUGCUGGUUCACCCUCUCACCACGGAAUGUUUGUCUCAACAACAGGUAGCUAUCCCGGACACUAUGGUCAUCACCCUGACGCUGGGAACCAUACCCUCUUCUCCGGACUCCAUCACGACCAGCCUUCUAGCGGAUCACCGGGUGGCCAAGCGUUGAAUGGACAAAUAAGGUUAGGACUACCUGGAGAAAUGUAUGUUAGGUCUGAUCACUUAAGUCAAGUGGCAAGCUCGAGGGCUGAUCCGUUCUCCGCCUCGCCUUUGCAUGGCUACGGUGGUCUGAAUCUGAACAUGAAUCUUAGCGCUCACCACCACCACCACCACCACGGAGCCGGUGCCUUUUUCCGCUACAUGAGGCAGCCGAUAAAGCAAGAGCUGAUUUGCAAAUGGCUGGAGCCGGAGCACUCGCCGAAGAAACUUUGCUCCAAAACUUACAGCACCAUGCACGAACUGGUAACGCAUGUGACGGUGGAGCACGUCGGAGGACCGGAGCAGGCGAACCAUAUAUGCUUUUGGGAAGAGUGUCCGAGGGAAGGCAAACCGUUUAAAGCCAAGUACAAACUUGUAAAUCACAUUCGAGUGCACACCGGGGAGAAACCGUUUCCAUGCCCAUUCCCUGGCUGUGGGAAAGUGUUUGCAAGAUCCGAGAAUCUUAAGAUUCACAAAAGGACGCACACAGGUGAGAAGCCCUUCAAAUGUGAGUUUGACGGCUGCGACAGACGCUUCGCCAACAGCAGUGACCGGAAAAAGCACUCCCACGUCCACACCAGCGAUAAGCCGUACAACUGUAAAGUGAGAGGCUGCGAUAAGUCCUACACACACCCCAGCUCCCUGAGGAAACACAUGAAGGUGCACUGCAAGUCACCCCCGCCCAGUUCGGGCUACGAGUCAUCCACCCCGUCCCUGGUCUCCCCCUCCUCAGACUUGGGCCGGGAGCCAGGAGGAUCCUCGGUGCUGUCGGAGCCGGUGGGAGCCUCCCAGCCCGCGAAUUUAAGUGAAUGGUACGUGUGCCACAGUUCAGGUGCCAGCGGCGCCCAGACACCACCCAGCGGGCCCUCCUCGCCCGACCCCACAGACGAGCCACCUUACAGAAACCCGGAACCAAGGGACGCGUUUUAACCCAAUCGAACACGGUGCCAGAAGUGACAGAACACGUUUCCAAAGGCUUAACUAUUAAAAAUGGUUUGGCUUUGGUGCCUAUAGCCUACGCCUGUGAAGGCCCACGUGCCCCCACCCCCUCCCCUUUUUUUCGGAUGAGCCACCAAGCCGACACCCUGAGCCAACAGACGCAUUUUAACCACAUUGGAAGGAAAAUGUGCAAACCUUAAAGACGUGCUAAUUUCCAGGCACAAUAAAAGAUAUAUUUUCAAACCUCAGCGAUCCAAAAUGGUUGGCUCAGUGCCUGCACGAUCUGACGGCCCAGUGCUCCACUUGUGGAGAGAGUCGUGUAAAUCCGUUACACUCUGUGAUACAUUAUAGUAGGGUAGGCAUGUUGUGUAAAGUUAUUUUGUAAAUUCGGGUUUUGACUUCAAUAUGUUUUUAUUUAUUUUUCAAUCUGAUCUUGGAGGAUUUUUGUAUUAUUGAACCAAAGUGCAUGUUUCAAUUGGGGCAAAAAUGUACAUUUGUAAAUUUUGUAAGUUUCGAUGUGUUGAUGUUGAUAGUUUUGUGAGAAUCUGCUUCAAAGCAGUUUCUUACUGAUCACUGCAGUUAUUUGUACAAACAUUUUAUGUUUACAGCAACUCUUUUUUCCAUUUGUGCAGAGGAUCAACAAUCGAACUGUUUAAUAAGCCUGCAGUAUUUGAUAUACGACCGUGAAAUUAUAAAUGUUUUAUCAAAGUGGGCAUUUUGUGGUUUUGUAUUAUUGUCGUCUUUUUUCUUUUUUUUUUCCUUUUUUUGAAUAUCUGAAAAAGAGCGGCACUCAAAAUGCGUACCGAAUUGCCUUGUAAUUUGUGAGUAUUUUGAAUAAAUCUUGAAUUGAA